AAGUUAGCCAAUCAAAUUCGCUCUUUACAACUUAUAUCCUUUGUAGAUAGCCAAUCAAACGUCGUUUGAUGGAUGUUGAUGCACAAUUCGGCAUCAGUCGAGUAUGGCACGGUGCCGACGGCGGUGCGAUACCCGACGGGCAACAAGAGGGAGACUUUUUCGUUGGCAGGGCGGAUAAAGAUCGUGCGGAUCUUGGUUUUGCCACCCAUGGGAGUACUUGUCAAAGAGGCCAAGGUGGCGUUGCAGCAGCGACGUGAAAAGCAGCCCGGACGCGAUACGAACCGCAGCUCUGUUCGGGGUAGUCCACUUCGCGUGCCUUCGGGCUCCACAUCAUGGCUGCGCUUCAUCAUGACAAGGAUGCAUGGUUCUUCCGUCAAGGACAGCUUGACCGACGCUUCUGGAAUCGCAGACACGAAAAUGCUUCACUACGCCGACCACAUCUUGUUCAUGCAGGUGACUUCUUCAAUUUCCACCGCUUGGCGGAUCUGCUCCUUCAGUGCAGCUGUCUUGACCGCGCAAAAACAACAAAGCUGGGUGCCUCUCGAGACGGCGCCGUUCCAGCGGCUCUAGUUCUCAAUGAUGCCGAGCGGUAUAUCUUCAUUUCAGUAGAAACGGAGCGACCGGCGCCUGGCGAGCAACUGCACAAUCCCGUUCGAGCGUUCGUGGGCUUUGGUCUGGGGAAUGCGCUCGAAAUGGCAAUCGCCAUGGGAUUGCGCAUGACCGUUCUCGUUGGCUUUGCUCGUAACAUCAUACAUCCGUUGCGACGUCCGGAACGGGAUGAAAUCCUUGUGGAACGCCUUGACCGGACAGAAGUAUGUGGACGCAAGCACGCCGAGGGAAGCACCGGCCCGGGCAUUGGCGCCCAUCGAGAAGUUGGAGCUCGCCGAGCUGGACAUGGCUGAAGCAGAUCAAAAGAAUAAGUGUCGGGGAUAUCCUGGCGAUGGCACACGGUCGUGGUGUGAACAUCCGGAUACGGCGCACCUGUUGUGAGGCGUCGUCGCCUCCCUCGCGUCGAAGUCGCUGUACUGCGCCACGUCAUGGACCACUCCAAAGCUCACGUGCUCGAACGAUCCCCAGUCGCCGUCCGACCUCCACCUUGUAGCAUGGCGUGAAGCGCUUGGCGAGUGUCUUGGUGCCCGUGGCCUUGGUGCUAUGGCCACGAGGCUGUGGAGUGCUUCAAUGGCAGCAUCGCCGAUUUUGGUACAAGCGAUGCCGCCAACGAACCGCAGGCGUUGCGACACCUUGACGCCCUACCCGUAUAAGUCGAACGGUCGCGAUCGCCGAGAUCUCGACGGACCCCGCAAACCGAGUGGUUGCUUGCCUCCAAAUGCGGUGACCAUGGUCAGAUUUGGCGCGGACGUGAAGUGACCCUGCGCAACGCCGCAACGUCGGCGGCCGCUUGGCUGACGGGACGUAGUGCCUGUCAUCACCGAUCAUCGCACAUCGGAAGGAAGGAGCGCCGCCAUACAAUCGUCAAAUCGGCG